AGUCCUGGCCCUUGGUAGAGUCGACUAGACCUCUUCUAACUGUGCGUCCUUCGUCUACUAGCCUACUGCACAAUAAAUAACUCUAGACUCAGGGACAAAGAGCACAUAGCUACUGACCGGUCUACUGCUGCAUGGAGGCAUCCGGGCAGUGCGUGCAGGAAUACAGCUCCAGCUCAAUCGGACCUCUCAAAUGUUCUAGGACGAAUAGAGAAGAGGAGAGGGGGAGCGCAGCGGAUGAAAGGAAAGGAAAUAUUUACUACAUUAACUCACCGCAGUUUCUCCGCUCUAGGGAAGAGAGGAGAAUGGAGGAAUGAGGAGAAGAGACGGUUAAAGUAUGUUAUGUCGGGGGUGCUGCUGAUGGAGUUCUAAAUGAUGGAUACGUGUUGUCAUUUAUUCUAUGAAAUACAGCGACGGGUAGAGAGAGAGAGAGAGCUUUGCUGGGUGAUAACAUUCAUCUGACAAAGACAUCUGCCGUUAGGCUACCCUUCUGACCACAAUAAUAGCCCAGGCUGCAAAGAGACCUCGACAUAGGCUACCUGAUCUAACGAGGAACCGAGUCGGUGUGACAUUGGGGACAAAGACGAGAAGAAGGAACUUCCCCGGUUUCUCAGCUACAGGUCAACAACGGAUCACAUCGGCUUUCAUCCCUCCCUGAACCUCUCAAAACCGGAAUUAAGAACCAACGGCUGUUGACACGCGCGCUUUGCGGACGGUUCAACCAAAGACAGGUCUAAACGAGGAUCUGAAGACAUACUGGACAGRCGGACAUGUAUCUAACAUCGACCUCACACGCACCCGACUAACAAACACACGAGCCACAGAAGAAAGCGAUAGAUAGCGGCUGUUCCCCUGCCACGCGCACGACCGGUCGGACUCUCUCCUCGGCUCGCUCCAUCUCCCGGUUGUGAGAAUGACAGGGGUCGCGUGCUUGAAGUGUUACCUCUGGAUCUUUAUCUUCGUAUUUAGGUCGACGUUACCUUCUGACGCCAAAUUACUGGAAACUAUAAUGUGGAGCACUCAGAAUGCCAAGUUCCUGUCAGGUAGAGGGGUGGUCAUCUACCCAGACAUCGGGGACAAGCUGGACAUUAUCUGCCCCAAGGCUGAGCCAGGACGAGACUAUGAGUUCUAUAAGCUGUACCUGGUCAGGAGGGAGCAGGCGGAGGGGUGCAGCACGGUCAUGGACCCCAACGUACUGGUCAACUGUAACAAGCCAGAGAAGGACAUCAAGUUCACCAUCAAGUUCCAGGAGUUUAGUCCCAACUAUAUGGGCCUGGAGUUUAAGAAGAAUAUGAAUUACUACAUUACAUGUGAGUACUGAAUAAAGCUUUAUAACGUUGAGCCAAGAGUAGAGAGAAAAACUCUACCUCUUUUUCCUUUACCCCAAGCUUUGA